UCUCAGCAUCCUACUCCUAAGUGCACAUCAUCGAGCUCAGCGGAUCACACGGCAUUUUUUUCCCUACAUCUGCGCUGUCCGCAAUCCCACUGUGUCAUCACGCACCGACAGCGAGCUGCACAAGAGCAAGUGCGGGGGGAAACCGAAACCUACAAAGUCAACUCCGGUGUUUGGACGACGGGACCGCGUCAGACGGACAGUCUCAGGUUUCCUCUGAGGACCGAAGCGCUGCUCUUACUGACCACUGAGUGAGGAGGACCCACAGCAAACCCCCGAGCAUGAAGAAGACUCCAAAUUCAGCUCUGAAGAGGUCCUUUGAGGUGGAGGAUGUUGACACUUCGUCCCACUCUUCACCUGGGUCCCGCCGGACAACCAACUCCCCUCACCGUAAUGCCAUGUCUCCUACCAGCAUCUACUACCGUGACCUGGGCACUGCCGCCCCGGCCACCAACAACAACAACCUCAACUACACCCAACCUCGCUCCAUCAUGGGUGGAGGAGGCUCCAAGACCCCUGAGCCUGUGUCACGCCGCUCCGAACUUUCCAUCGACAUCUCCUCUUCAUCCAACAAGCAGGUGGAUAACGUCACCAGCCCCGCCUCCACGCGCUUUGUGAGCAACAGCGCCCUGAAACGCCCCGAAGUCCUGGGCCACUCUAAGACCCCCGAGAUGACCCACAAGAGGGAGGUCACUUUUGCCAAGACGCCCACCGACUCCCCGGUGAUACGGCGCAACGACGGCAGCAAUAACAACAAUGGGACCAGCCGGACCCUGGAGCAGAAUCACACUCGCAAGUUUGAGCCCCCUAGUCCUGGGGAUGUACGUAAACCUGAUAUCAGCAUCACCAGAGCUCCUCCGGAGAACAACGGCCACCACCCAGCGGUGCACCACCCACACCACCCCAACCCACACCAUAACACCAUCGUGACCACCUUCCGCUGCUCCUCGCCUAACCAUGCUGGACGCAAAUCCCCCAACCCUGACAGGUCAGAGGUCAAUCUGAGCCACAGCAACAUGUCUGAGUCCACCAAGCCCCAACACCCCGUUCCUCAAGGGAAGGGGGAGAAGACCCAUGGCAGCGACUUCAGCUACGUGGGCAUUGAUGCCAUCCUGGAGCAGAUGAGGAGGAAGGCCAUGAAGCAGGGUUUUGAGUUUAACAUCAUGGUUGUGGGGCAAAGCGGCCUGGGGAAGUCCACUCUCAUGAACACCCUGUUCAAAUCCAAGGUGAGCCGUAAAUCAGUUCAGCCCAACCCAGAGGAGAGGAUCCCCAAGACCAUCGAGAUCAAAUCCAUCAGUCACGAUAUUGAGGAGAAAGGAGUGAGGAUGAAGCUGACAGUAAUCGACACUCCUGGCUUUGGGGAUCAGAUAAACAAUGAAAACUGCUGGCAGCCCAUUAUGAAGUUCAUCAAUGAUCAGUAUGAAGCCUACCUGCAGGAGGAAAUCAACAUUGACAGGAAGAAGAGGAUCCCAGACUCCAGGGUGCACUGCUGCAUAUACUUCAUACCUCCCACGGGCCACUGUCUUAGGCCCCUGGAUGUGGAGUUCAUGAGGCGUCUCAGUAAGGUGGUCAACAUCGUCCCCGUCAUUGCCAAGGCUGACACACUCACUCUGGAGGAGAGGGACUAUUUUAAACAGACGAUUAGAGAAGAGCUGCGAGCCAAUGGGAUCGAUGUGUACCCUCAGAAGGAGUUUGAUGAGGACGCAGAGGACAGGAUGAUCAAUGACAAAAUCAGGGAGAUGAUCCCUUUUGCUGUGGUGGGCAGUGACCAGGAGUACCAGGUGAACGGAAAGAGGAUUCUGGGGAGGAAAACAAAAUGGGGCACCAUAGAGGUUGAGAACAUUGCACACUGUGAGUUUGCUUACCUGCGAGACCUCCUCAUCAGGACACACAUGCAGAACAUCAAGGACAUCACAGGCAGCAUCCAUUAUGAGACGUAUCGCGUCCGCCGGUUAAAUGAAUCCAACGGCCAUUUCACCUCUCAAUCGUCUGACCAUUCUGCUGUUGAGCCAAAAACCAAUGGUCAGCCCGAGGAGCAGCCUGGUGCCCUGCAGGCCAACGGAGUGGCUGCCCAGCACGAAGCCCUGUCCCAUGAGAUGUAGAUGAGUCCCGUGUGGUGCCAAAUUAGGAUUUCAGGACACAGUCAGGCACAAAACCAUACACUCACGCAUGUAUUCUGUUUACAUGAACAUGCCCACAUGCACACAGACACACCACUCAUGCUGUGAAGACCAUUUUUUAUUACCUAGAAGGACUACCUAACCACAGCUUUUAAUUUAUCAGGAGUUACAUGACACAGGACUCAGAAUAAAUUCCCAAAUUUUUUCAUCUUUUCCAUCAUUAAAAUUCCGAAAAGAAUCAUGUAUCUUCACUGCAGAUCUGCAUUUUAUACAGAAGUCCUCUUGUGUUUUUUAACAUCUGCUUGACUUCCCAGUGCGAUCUACACUCAGGAUUGUUUACAAUAACCCAUGACAGUUGUCAGGUCAUGGAUAAACAAAACUAAAUACAAAUACAUGUCUCAUUAGUCAGUUUCCAUUACUGGGUUUAUUUUUACAGCAUCCACUGAUUGUCAGCUCUGCAGUGGAGUGCAACAGCCAUGCAAGCAAGAUGUGAGUGACUUAAUAGUGAAACAACAGACACAAGAUUUUGAUCAGAAUCAAUCAGGAUGAUGGAAAAGGAGUAUCCAGGUGGAAAAAAAGCCUGCAGUGCACAGAAUACCUUUCCAAGAUCUUGGUCUGGCAGAAGGUUUAACCAUGCAGGGGCUGUCCAGAUCAAACAGCAUAACUCAAAAUGAAGUACAGCAUAUCAGAUGAUUCUAGAUUAGCUCUCAACCAGAAAUAACUGUUGGUGCCGCUGACCUGGUCUGCUCUGUGUUGUGGUGUAUAGUUUUGUAUAGAUGCUAGGGUUAUGUAGGGAUAUUUAGAUUAGGUUUAUAGUAUUAUGGAGGAAGUAAAGAUAUUGUUGACACCUCUGCACUGCAAAAUAAAAAAGAAAGCAAUAGCAGUGUGGAGCAGCUUUCGGAAAAAAAACAAGUCCCCUUGUCAUUUUUCCGUUGUGUUACGAUGUUUUUAAAACCCCUUUUUGCCAAACCAUCCUGUCUCCUUCUAUAUAAUGCCGAUGUGUAAUACAGUCAUACCUUGCAUUUUACAUCACUCAUUUACUAUUGUGUUUUUAUCGCUGUUGUUCAUGUUCUAAUAUUAUUGUAUAAGAUAAGUCGUGGAGGAAUCUGUGCAACUGUUAUCCCAUGCAGCCAUUUUGUCCAUUUCUUUCUGACUGUAAACCAAAUAAAAGUCCAUUUUUUUCUGUUCUAAAGAGAAGCACAUACAGUAUAUAGAGUUGAUUUAUGAAUAGGUAUUUAUGUGUAUGUUUAGUGUAAUCAGCGUAAUUCAACUUUCAUUCCAGCUGUUGGCUUCCAGAGGUUUGUCGCGGGUCUUAACCAGUGAUGAUCUUUUAAUUUUAGAUAGUGUUUGUUUUUUUUGUUGCCUGCGCUCAUACAGUAUGUCGUGCCCUGUUGGUUAGGCUCCACUGUAACUGGUGCCCAAGGAGUUAACCUGCUAGUCAAGUGGUCUGUAUUUGUUCAUUCAUUAUUAAUUAUUACAGCUGAUUCCUGCCAAUAGAUAAUGGGUAGAAGAGUGGCAUUUACAUUACAAGCUUAAAGCAUCAUGUCAGAGGAGGAUGUUUAUCUGUUCAGUGAGAAGAAGAAUACAUGCCAAACAACCUUAAACAACACCCAUAAAAUUACACAAUGCCUCUGUAUUUUUAAUAUUUGUGAAAUAUGUGUGUGUAUGCAAGUUCAAUGCAUAUUUUAUAGAGGCUAUAUCUAAAUUUAUAACAUUCUCUUAAUUUCCUAACAAGCAUAGUCAAUGUUUUGCCUCCUAAAGUCGCAAUAAACAUAUUUUCCACACAAGCAAAAAGAAGAGAAAACUAUUGUCUUUUAUCCAGAGAAAGUUAUUGGAUUAAACUUUGUUUACUGUUGUAUAGUUCUUGUGUAAUUUGUUAUGGUAUUAUAGAUCAAGGUUUUAUCUUUGAUAUGCUAUCUCAAAGAAUAAAGAUUGAUAUUUUUAUUGUUUAAAGUCA